AACUCAAUUAAAAAAAUGGCUGUUAUGCAACCGGGCCUUACUAUAGUAGGCUAUAUUAUCGAUUGACAGAUAUCGAUAGUGUCGACGACAGACAAGGUAUCGAUUGAUGAGAUAUCGAUACCUUAGCUUGCAUAUAUCGAUAUAAAAUACUUGUCGAUAUAUCGAUGUUAACAGAAAAUUUGAGGUUAUGAUUAGAAUCAUCAGUAUCACAACAUUACAACGUGAAAGGUUUUACUUCUAGUUUAUUAAUGUAUUUAUCUUACUUUUAAUAGUUUAUUUAUCAAUUUAGUGCUGUUAACUAUCGUAAUAUUUAAAUUAUCAUCGAGUGUGUAAGAUCAUCUUUACAAGAAUCCAAAAUCUACACUGAUAACUCUUCAAAUAUGAAAGAAAUUCGCCCUCAAUUCUGGUGGGACACCGUUUAUAGUGCAGAUUCAGUUGAAUGGUGUCCUGAUGAAGAAUUCGCGCACUUAUUACUCUGUGGAACUUACAAACUUGAGGAGAAUAACUCAGAAAGUGGCAGCAAAGUACCUCAAACAAGGGUUGGUUUGCUACAUCUUAUGAGAUUAUCUAAAACAACGAUGGGGUUGGAACUUGUAAAAACUUUAGAGACAAAAGGAAUUUUAGAUAUCAAAUGGUCUCCGUUUCGUGUUGAUGGUAGGGUGGGGUUUGCGAUUGCUGAUGCUGUAGGAUGUGUUUCUCUUUACACCAUCAUUGAAUCUGAGGGUAAUUAUGAUUCGUUGCUUGUAAGCGAGUGUAAUAUCAAGCAUGGUGACGAGGAAAACAUUGCUUUAUCGUUAGAUUGGUCCCAAGCUAGUGAAGGUAGACUAGCUGUUAGUGAUAGUAAAGGUUAUGUUUCAAUCCUGACUUUGAACACAACUGAGUUUUAUGUAACAAGCCAAUGGAACGCACACAGUUUUGAGGCAUGGAUUGUCGCGUUUGAUUUCAUUAAUGAUUCUGUUGUUUACUCAGGGGGAGACGAUAGUAAAAUGUGUGUGUUCGAUGUUAGAAGCCCUGAACAAGCGGUGAAAGUUUCUAGUAAAUCAGUGAAUAUGUCAGGUGUGACAAGUUUACAAUCUAGUAGUGAAGGGAUGCUAGCAUCUGGGAGUUACGAUGAGUCAGUACACAUCUGGGACAGCAGGUCGAUGAGAAGGAGUGUUGGGAGUUUGGAUUCUUCUGGGGGAGGGGUGUGGCGAUUGAAGUGGUAUCCCAUAGACAAAUCGACCAGAAAAGACUAUCUUCUAGCUGCUUGUAUGCAUGGAGGAUUCAAAUUAUUGACUGUCGACAAACUGAGGAUAUAAAUGUAGUAGCAAGUUUUACUGAACAUGAAAGUCUUGCCUAUGGAGCAGAUUGGUGUUAUUUACCUAAAUUUCCGAAUUCCUCCAGGAUCUUGGAUAAGUUUUAUAAAAAGAAUGUAUCAGAUAAAGAAUAUCUGGACAUUAUUGCUACAUGCUCCUUCUAUGACCACAAGCUUUGUCUUUCAACUAUUGAUAUAGAUUGAACUAAAUAAAGUUAUUUUGUUGAUUUAA